AUGAAUCUCAGUGCUCUCCUGGGUCUCCUGACCUUUGCGGCGGCAGUCUCUGCCGCCCCUCCCAAGGGCAACUCCCGGUCUCAUUCCUCGGCUUCCAUUGCCAAUCUCAAGAACAAAAUCAAGAAUGUAGUAAUUCUUGAGAUGGAAAACCGCUCAUUCGAUAACUUGCUUGGUGGCCAGACCACCAAAGGACUUGAGAACCCAAUUAACAACGGUCCCUUCUGCAACCCUUUCAAUUUGACCGAUGCUUCCAAAGGCAAUGUUUGCAGCUCUGCUAAGGACUUUGACUCUAUUCUGGAUGAUCCCGAUCACUCGGUGACCGGUAACAACAUCGAGUUUUACGGGACAUUCACCCCGAGCAAUGCCGCCAUUGCCAGCGGCAAGCUAACUCCCACCCAACAGGGUUUCGUGCACGAGCAACUGCGUCGUUAUGGCGACGAUGUCGAUAAGGCGGCUCUGGCAAAGCAGGUCCUGAACUACUACACCGAGGAUGAGGUUCCUGUGUUUACCUCGCUGGUGCAGAACUACCUCACCUUCAACCACUGGCAUUCGGAUCACCCUGGACCCACCAACCCCAACCGUGCUUUCGUUCUAUCAGGAACAUCUAGCGGCCACGGAACCAACGAUGAGUCUUUCGACUCUGACGUUCACGGUCUGACCCAACGCUCCAUCUUCCAGCAGCUCUCCGAGACCAACCACACUUGGAAGAACUACUACACAAGCACCGAUAUGAUUGAUGCCUACUUCUUUGACUGGACCUUCACCAGCAACAACACCGACAAAGCAGAACCGUUGAAGAACUUCUACGCCGACGCCAAAGCCGGAACUCUCCCUGAAUUCUCAUUCGUCGACCCCUCCUGCUGCGGCGUCGGAACGAACUCCAUGCAUCCUACCGGUCUAGUCUCAGAGGGUGAAACUCUGAUCAAAAACGUCUACGAUGCCCUCCGUUCCAGCCCCCAGUGGAACGAAACCCUCUUCAUCCUUACCUUCGAUGAGACUGGUGGCUUCCACGACCACGUUCCUCCUCCCCUAGCUGCUCGCCCUGACAACCUCACUUACACCGAGACCGCUCCCAAUGGCGAGAAGUACACCUUCUCCUUCGACCGCCUCGGUGGUCGAAUUCCCACUUUGCUGAUCUCGCCCUGGAUUGCCAAGGGCCAGGUUGAGCAGAAGGGAACCAACUCUGAUGGAAAGGUUGUUUCCUACUCUGCAUCCUCCAUUCUGCGCACUUUGGGCUACCUUUGGGAUUUCAAGCCCUUUACGCCUCGCGUGGAAACUUCUGCUUCGUUUGAGCAUCUCAUUCAGAAGAAGGUGCGGUCGGAUACCCCUGUUGCCUUGCCUGCGCCCAAGGCUUUCAAAGUGAAGGUCUGA